AAUAAGACGAAAACAGCUUCACUGAUUCAGUUGUCUUCCAGCGAUCAUUCGCACUUAUCAAGCGACCUGUAAACCAAAAUCAAGUGAGAAAUGUCGUUUUCUUACUCAACCUAUGUGUGGGCUUUUGCUAUUGCCAUUCUGUCGACCGAUGCAUCAAACCGAGGAAAACCAAGAUCAACGUGUCGCGAACCGACUGUUUUCCAGAAUUUUGAUUUAACUCGCAUCUUGGGGCAGUGGUACAUAUACUCGCAUCAUGAUCAUGACUUUGAACGAGGAUGUGACUGCUUCACAUCCGAAGCGAUACAAACGGAUGUGAACACAAUGCAAAUAUCAAAUUGUUGUCAAAUGUCUAGGGUGAGUAAUGAGACACAAACGUGUAACGUUGGCGUUAAUGGCGCACGGCUUGCGAAUCCGGAGAAGAAAGAAGCAAUGUUCUUGUACACGAGGGCUGGAGUCACCGUCGAAUCACAAGUCUGGAUCGUCCACACCGACUAUGUAAACUAUAUGAUUGUAAACGCAUGUGAACGGGUUAGUGACGAAGAAGAGCGGGAGCUUUUCUGGAUUCUGUCAAGAGAUUCAGUAAUCAGCAGAGUCGAAGCGAAAAAAAUUGACGAUGUACUCGAGGCCAACCACUUUGAAAAGGACAAAAUCAUCAAGCAGAGACACGAAGCAGAUAUCUGCAAAUCGAAAAGACCACAAAGAGGACAUGGUAAUCAAGGUCACGGUAACGAAGGUCAUGGUCACGGUAACGAAGGUCAUGGUCAUGGUAAUCAGGGUCACGGACACCGUAAUUAAAUCAAUUUAACUUUGCCAGAUGUUCAUCAUUUAUUCAAUUUUGUGCAACUUAAAUGUUUUGUGAACUCAAUAAAUUCAUAAAGUGAA